AUGGCUGCUGGAGGAUUUGAUGCUCGGUUUGUAGAUCGAUUAUCGGACAGACACACAUGCACGAUAUGUCUUUUGGCAUUGAGAGAGCCAACAGUCACCAAAUGUGGCCAUUUGUUUUGUAACAACUGUGUGAGGCUCUUGGCAAGGUGUGGCCGCAUUGUGUGUCCUGUGUGUAGAGAGGAACAGAAUGAAUCAGAAAUCUAUCCAAACAACUAUGAUAAAAGAGAAAUAAUGAGUCUGAAGAUCUACUGUGAUCAACAAGAGAAGGGAUGUGGAUGGAAAGGAGAACUAAGGGAGAGAGAAACACACAACGAGACUUGUGGGUAUGUUGACGUUCUGUGCUAUGACUGUGAAGAAAUGGUCAUGAAGAAAGACAUAGAAAAUCGUACAAAGAAAACGUGCAAGAACAGGAAAGUUGAAUGUGUCUACUGUAAGACCACUGUGACGUUCACGUUUCUGAAUGAUCACCAUGGAAAAUGUGAGAUGUAUCAGGUCCCAUGUGAAUAUUGUAAACAACGAGUGGCUAGAAGAGAGAUGAAUAAACAUGUCAGUAAAGAUGGGACAUGCUCUUACAGUUCAUUAGCAUGUGAAUUCAGGGAAGCAGGUUGUCAGUUUAUCGGCAAUAGGAAAGCAUUAAAAAAUCAUUUACAUUAUGAGCUUGCAUCUCAUGUUAGUCUUUUGAUGAAACAACAGUCCAAGACCAAGUCAUUACUUUCAUCCACAAGAGCUUGUCUUGCAAAAAGAGAAUGUGAACUUGAGAAUUUAAAAUUAUUUCUUACCAAGAACAUUACAAUGCCUGUUUCUCAACCUGACAUUUUUGUGUAUGAGUGGAAUAUAACCAAUUGGUCAUUCUGGUGCACAUCAGACUUAGACAACCGGAUACUUUCCAAGCCAUUUUACACGGGACCACAAGGAUAUUGUUUGUGUCUUAGGCUUUUUCCAGCUGGAUUCGGUGACUUUACAGGAUCUCAUGUCUCUGUGGAUGUAUUUGUACAUAAAGGAGAUUAUGAUGAUCAACUUCCUAAGAAACAGCACUGCAAGUUUUCAUUCACAUUAAUAGACCAACAACCUGAUGCAAUAAAUGUGGUUGUAAGACGAGAGAAAACGGUUGAACUUAUCCCUGGCAAAUAUUUUGAUGCAACCAAUGACUUUAACUCACGAAACAUUGAAUUCACGAUCCUACGUUCAUAA